AGGAGCCGAGCGGGCGGUGCGCGAGCGGGCGAGCGAGCGACGGGAGCAGCGCACACUCCGCCUCGGCCACCACCGCGACCGCCCGCCAUGGGCUCCUCGCAGAGCGUCGAGAUCCCGGGCGGCGGCACGGAAGGCUACCACGUCCUGCGGGUACAAGAAAAUUCUCCAGGACAUAGAGCUGGAUUGGAGCCUUUCUUUGACUUCAUUGUAUCUAUUAAUGGUUCAAGAUUAAAUAAAGACAAUGACACUCUUAAGGAUCUACUGAAAGCCAAUGUUGAAAAGCCCGUAAAAAUGCUCAUCUAUAGCAGCAAAACCCUGGAGCUGCGAGAGACCUCAGUCACACCAAGCAACAUGUGGGGCGGCCAAGGCCUGUUGGGAGUGAGCAUCCGUUUCUGCAGCUUUGACGGGGCCAAUGAAAACGUUUGGCAUGUGCUGGAAGUAGAAACAAACUCUCCUGCAGCACUGGCAGGACUUCGACCUCACAGUGAUUAUAUCAUUGGAGCCGAUACAGUUAUGAAUGAGUCUGAAGAUCUAUUCAGCCUGAUUGAGACACAUGAAGCAAAACCACUGAAGCUCUACGUAUACAACACAGACACUGAUAACUGUCGAGAAGUGAUUAUUACACCAAAUUCUGCAUGGGGUGGAGAGGGCAGCCUAGGAUGUGGCAUUGGCUAUGGUUAUUUGCAUCGAAUACCCACACGCCCAUUUGAAGAAGGAAAGAAAAUUUCUCUUCCAGGACAAAUGACUGGUACACCUAUAACGCCUCUUAAAGAUGGGUUUACAGAGGUCCAGCUGUCCUCAGUCAGUCCUCCAUCUUUGUCACCACCAGGAACUACAGGAAUUGAACAGGGUCUGUCUGGACUUUCUGUUAGCUCAACUCCACCAACAGUCAGCAGUGUUCUCAGUACAGGUGUACCAACAGUACCACUGUUGCCACCCCAAGUAAACCAGUCCCUCGCUUCUGUGCCACCAGUGAACCCAAUUACUACAUUACCAAGUCUGAUGCCUUUGCCAGCAGGACUGCCCAGCCUCUCCAGCCUCCCCACUCUCCCGAACCUCAACCUUCCCGCUCCACACAUAAUGCCAGGGGCCGGCUUGCCUGAGCUCACAAACCCAGGUCUGCCACCUCUCCCUUCCUUGCCUCCCCGAAACUUACUCGGCAUUGCGCCUCUCCCCAUGCCCACCGAGUUCCUCCCGCCAUUCCCUUUGGUUCCAGAAGGCUCUUCUGCCACCAGCUCGGGGGAGCUUCUGUCCUCUCUCCCAUCUACCAGCAGCCCACCAUCUGACCCUGUCACAACUACUGCAAAGGCAGAUGCUGCCUCCUCACUCACUGUAGAUGCGGCACCACCCACUUCCAAGGCCUCCGCCACUGUCGAGGACAGAGUCAUCGAUGCUGCCCUCAUCAGUGAGAAGCCUGUUUCUGCAGUUACAGAUGCAAACGCUUCUGAGUCACCUUAACUUGGAAGCCAUCUUCAGAAUUGGCGUGGUCUAUUUAUUCAACCACGGAUUGAUUGGGUCUGGAAACGCAAACUAUCAUUGGUUUCACUCUAGUUUGUACCGUAUCUGUAGACAUCCUGUACAUAAUUCUAAGGGAAACUACGCAAGAAGGCAUGGGCUUGUCUCCCGCCAGGUUCCCCAGCUGGGCUCACAGCCGGGAAGGGAAUGUCAGAAAGUGCUUGUAUCUUAAACAACCAAAAAGAAGUGCAGGGGUGGCUUGCUGCCUGACAUCACUGCCGCUCUGGGCUAUUCAUCUUUGGAAGAAGACAGCAGGGUGUCCGUUAGGUUCCUCGUCCCCCUGCUGCUCCUUCUGUAAGAAAAUGAAAUAUUUUAUGGCUGGUACCCAUGCGCGACAUUUCUCAUACUUUGUAAAUCGUUUGCAAGAAUGCAGACCACCCUACUAAACUGUAAAAAGGAAAAAAAAGUGAUUUACUUUUUGGUCUCUUGAGUCGCAUCUCUAUUAGGUUUACAUAAAACUUCCAGGUGACGACGUUGGUUAAAGCUACACAGUGUGCACUGUUAAUCGAACAUCUUUUUAUUCUGCCUACACACAGAUCUUUGUUUUGAGCUCUCAGAAUUACUCAGACGACAUUCUGUAACUGCUGCUAUUGCUUUACCGUUCUCCACAUAGUGGCAAUGGAAGAGACAGGAGGUGCUGUGGUUUUAAAUCAGGAGGCAGCACUCCAGCUACUUAACCACAUAGCUAUACUGGGAAAGGAUAAGAACAGCAAUAAAUACAGUAAUUUUGCUUUUA